AAUCAUGCAGUUCACUACAUCUGUCACCAGAAAAACAUAAACCACGUGAGAAAAUCGUUGGUUGGGUAAAACUGUAAAUUGUCCGAGACUAUAUAUGUACAAGGGAACUGAAAUGAAGGAAACUGAAAGGAAAGAAAUAAGAAGAUAAAAUAAAAACUAACUAACUAACAAGGAACAUAUGCCCAGUACUUACACACCAUUUAAUCUGUCCGUCCUUUGUCUCAGCUGUCAAGACUCGUGUAAGACUAUCAUCAUGUCCAUACAAAAAUUGACACUUGGUUUUUAUUUCCUCAUCCACUUGACACACUCCCAAAACCUUGAAUUCAUAACCUACCACGAUAUGUCAAUGUGUGAGGAGAAUGAGUAUUUCAACACCAUCAGCCUCCAGUGUACCAAAUGUCCGCCUAGCCAGUCUGUUUACGAUGACCCGUUUACCUGCGAGUGCCUACCUGGUUAUAAGUCAAUUUAUAAAGGCGGCGAGCUAGUGUGCGAGGCCUGUCCAACGCAACAUGUAACCUCCAGCGAUAGGAUGUCAUGUGUCCCUUGCUUAGGGUCCUACAAUGAGACCCUAGGGCAGUGCGAGCCUUGUCCCCCGUCGCAGGUCAUGCUCGAUAAGGACCUGAAUGGGACGUCGCUUGAGGCUAUGACAUGUGUGGAGUGCUCGGAGGAUAUGGUACCGGGGGAUGGCGAGUGUGUACCAUGUCAUGUGUCGUUCUAUGCGGAUGGGAAUGGCCAAUGUGCAUGUUCUGAGACACAUGAGGAGUUAGGAGGCACGUGUAUUCCCCUGACAGAGCUGUCGAAGAUCCCUGACAGAAAGAGCACCUACACUGUCCAGUUUGAGAGUGGAGUCGCCGUGGAGUCGUCGUUCCUCGCCACACACUUCCGCGCCGCCGCUCACUCCUGCAGCUUCCGCCAGAACAAGUCCGCCUGUCACACCCUCGGGAACAUGUGCGUCCUGCUUCAUUACGAGUUCGAUGACGACUUCAACGCUUGCCAGUACUACCGCGAGGAGUUUGGGGAGAACUACGUCACCUUGCCCGAUCAUGUUCCGUGGCUCUACUACCCUGAAGGCGAGGCGAACGUCUACACCGGCAAGACCAAGCUUAAGACUUCGUACAGCUUUAGGGGCGGCGACCCGAACGCGAAACUCAACUUCACCGUCGCUAAGUACUCAGCGGAUGGUCACCUGGUAGCGUUUGGAAGGCUUGAGGAUGUGCUGACUCUCUGCCCGAUGAUUGACUUUCGUUUCAGCUCCAUAGUGCAGUUUGGAACGACAUUCUCCCAGACGUGUUUCCUCGGCGUUCGUGAUCUUAUGGACAAGUACGAGACUGUGUUCUACGACGUUUAUAUCCAGUACUAUGACGAGGAUGAGCACAUGAUGUACGCCGUGCCUGUACUCAACAGGAACUACAAAGAAAACGGAGUGUGGCUGAAUAAACAGAGUAAGAUGAAGUGGCAACUAACUCGGAGGUUCUUCCUAGUUGACAACUUAAGCGGAAGGGAAGCAGUCACAUCACGGAACGGCUGGGAUGGUGUCGAGAGAGCCAAGGUUGUGCGCUAUGUCAAUAACAUGGAAAUAAUCAUACAGCUACGCGAGGGGGAGGGUCACGGCCUAAUCUACCCUCCCCUGAUAAAGCUAACCUAUGCCGAACUUGACGAGGAAGAGUAUGAGGCUGAUAGUAAGGUCAAGGUCAGUCUUAGGGUCCAGUACACCAUGAAUUUCUCCAAGAUACAAGGAGACCUAUCGAUCGCCAUUGGGGUCAUGAGUUGCUUUGCUGUUCUGGGGUCAAUCGUAGCCACGUGGAGCUGGUUCCGACGGUGUGGUCGUGUGGGGCUGGACAUUCCGACAAUCUUCCACUUCCUCAUCGUGGUGUGCGGGAACCUUGCUAAUGUGUUCUGGCUGGUCAUGUUCUUCGCCUGUCUCUACUGGGCGGUGUUCUUCAAGCGGCAGGAUGUAGUGCACCUCUUCCUCUUGACGCAGAACCAGGAGAGCAUCAUCAAGCAAUACCUCAUCGCUGCAUGCAUCCUCAAACUCGUCCAGGUCCUGUACAUCAUCUACGUCCAAAUCACAAUUGACAUGUUCAUCAUCGACUGGGAGCAACCGAGAGCACGUAACUCCAUACCCCACCCACAGCUGAACCAGGACGAGGAUGUAAAGCCGAGAGUUGAACAGCCAAUCAGCAUCUGGCGGACGUACUUCAUCGCCAAUGAGUGGAACGAACUCCAGACGCAUCGGAAAGUCAACGUCGAGCUCCAGUUGUUCCUGACGCUCCUGUUUCUGAAGGUCAUCGGGUUUGAGCACCUUGCCGGAAUGAGCCCAGACAGCAGCUUUCAAAAUGACGCCACAAACGACAGCAUCCCUCAAAGCUUCGUGUGUCGGUUCGCCAUUAGCAUGUCCAUCUACCUCUCCCUUAUCAUCGCCCAGUGGCUGUUCAAGGUGGUGUUCUACGAGCGCUACGUCGAGAACAAACUGCAGCAGCUUAUCGAUCUCUGCUCCAUCGCCAACAUCAGCAUCUUCAUUCUUGAGCAUAAGAUGUACGGUUAUUACAUCCACGGACGCUCGGCUCAUGGGUUCGCGGAUGUCGACAUGCAGUCCAUUUACGAGCAGAUGAAGCGCGAGGAGGAGGACCUGUGCGGCCACCGAGGUCUCGAGCCGUCAAGCGAGUGCCAGACAUUCGAGGUUUCCGUCACGACUAAGUUCCGUGAGAAAUACGACACGAUUCUCCAGCCGUUACAUAGACGUGGCGGACUCGGCAGACCAGCAGGGCGUAUCAGAAUGGCAUCGGACGAGCUGGAGCAGAGUUUCCAGGCGCACGAGGCUCUAAAAAGAUUCUUCGGGAUGUUCCUCCAGCACGCACUCAAGAACCUCGACUACAUCAUCAAGGAGAAACUGUUCCUUGAGAGUUUCCUGGACCUUGAGUUUCAGGAGACAGACGACCGCUGCCUCCUCUUCCGGGACAACAAACACACCUUCCGACGAGUCCUCUUCUACGGGCACGAGGCGACGUUUGUGCUGUUCGAGAUGCUGCUGUUCACGUUCGUCGAUAUCGUGUCGGGUGACUUCGUACUGGCGGCCAUUGUGACGUAUAUCGCGGUGAUGGUCAUGGAGAGAAUUUGCAGUGCCUUGGGGCGGAGCAAUGUGGUUCAUAAGACUCUGGUGGAUCAGCGGUUCUUGAUGUAAGGGAAGGAAAGGUGGAGCGCUGUUGUAUCAUAGCCAUGCACAACUGUCGCUGCUUCUAAUGUGCUUGUAAGGUAGUGUAAUGUUAUGUGAUUGAGGAAAUUCAUCGCAUAGUGUUUUAUACGUAAUGGGAAGGAGCCUCAUUGUGUUAUACCCAUGCAUAACUAUAAUAAGGAUAACUAUGUGCUUGUAAUUGACUUGUAAUGUUAU